AACAUCAAAUUAAACAUGGUGAGUAUUGAAUCUCAUUCAACUAUCAUCCCCUCUAAACAAACCCCUAAUCCAAAACUCUACUCAAUAUGUGAACAAAUCAAGCUUCGUACUCAUGCUCCUCUCCUUUAUGUCUACAAACCACAUAAUCACAACAACAAUUCAACCUUCCUUGAAAUACUUCAAAACUCUCUUAGCCAAGCUUUGGUUAUUUACUAUCCACUAGCUGGAAGGUUGAGUUGGAUCAAAGAUGGAAGAUGGGAAAUUCAUUGCAAUGCCAAAGGAGCACUUUUUUUAGAAGCCAAAUGUGAAGAAUUAACCGGUUUGAAUCAAUUGGGUGAUUUUGUACCAACUAAUUUGGUGUCACAACUCAUACCAAACAUUGAUUACAAUCUUCCUCUUGAAGAUAUUCCCUUAUUGGCUGUGCAACUAACGAGGUUUCAAUGUGGCGGUUUUACAUUAGGUGUUGCUUUAUGUCGAGCCGCCACUGAUGGAACUGCAACCAUGCAUUUUAUGAAUGCAUGGGCUAAGCUUGCGCGUGGGGAGACUUUGGACCCAAAUGAAUUUCCGUGUCAUGAUCGUACCUUGUUAAAUUCGCGUAAACUAACACAUUUUUCGUCCUUGCGUUGGCAGCACCGUGAAUUUGACGCGCCUCCUAUUUGGGUGGGUAGUGAUUUGAAUGGCAAUAGAGAAGUGAGUGUUGUGAUUGUGAAACUCACCAGAGAACAAGUUUCGAAGCUCAAGAAAAAAGCUAGUUCUCGCGUGAGUUUUCAAUCCACCUCCAAAGAUGUCCAUAGGACAAAACCUUAUUCAACUUUUGAGGUUAUUGCAGGACAUCUUUGGAAGAGUGUUACCAAAGCACGCUACAUAGGAAAUAAUGAUCAACAAACGAGGUUGUCCACGCUGGUUAAUUGUAGAAAUCGUUUACAACCGCCGCUUCCUAAUGGUUAUGUUGGUAAUGCAGCAUUUCCAACUGUGACACCAACUCGUUCCUUCAAUGAUCUUAUUUGCAAACCUUUGGGGGAUGCAGUUGAGGAUGUUAAGAAAGCAGUUGAAAGGGUGACAGGGGAAUAUGCAACGUCCGCACUUAAUUACAUAGAUAACGAGAAGAACAUGGAUUUGUUGAGGUAUAAUUUUCACUAUCCGGCAAAGAGUGUGUGUAAGGGACAAUAUAAGGGGAACCCAAAUCUUUUUGUUGUAAGUUGGAUGAAUUUUUCGUAUAAGGAUGCAAAUUUUGGAUUGGGAGAACCUAUUUAUUUUGGACCAGGAUUUAUGGAUUCAGAAGGAAAGGCAUUCAUUAUGAAUAAUAAUAAUAAUGGUGGUGGUAUUGUGGUGGCUAUUUCUUUAGAGGCAUCUUGUAUGGAUAGUUUUAAGAAAUUUUUUUAUGAUGACAUUAGAGAGAUGUUUUGUAAUUCUAAAUUGUAGGCAUAGUCAAUUUUUCUAGCAUGCACAUGCAAUGUUUGGUAUUUGUAUACUAGAGUUUAUUUUUCAAAUCAUGGAUAAAGUCAAAAAAAGAUUUGGUUGAACCAAAUUUUGUUAGUCCAAUGCAGUGAUUCGGUUGGCAAAGAAAGUUGUGUAAUUGUUUUGAAUUUUGUGUUUAUAUAUUACUAGUAUAUAAUUAAUUUUUAAAUUAAAUUUUGAUUUGAAAACUGUGUCAGGAAAUGAAGAUUUGAUUAGAAAAUUAGGAAUUAAGGUUAUUCAAAUCAGUUGUGGAGCUGUGUUAUUUUUGUGAACGGUGUAUUUUCUGUGUAUAAUUAUUAAUUUUGUAAAUGUUGACCAUU